AUGUCCCCCUAUUCUCCACAAGUACAAGAGCUCCUUGAGUGGGAUAAAGAACACCUAUGGCAUCCGUUUUCCACCCUCAGUAACCCGUUCCCUGUGUACCCCGUGCGCUCCGCAGAGGGCUGCCAGAUUACUCUGGAUACCAGAGACCACCAAAAAGUCGUAGAGGCAAUGUCCUCCUGGUGGUGCGUGAUCCACGGUUACGAUAACCAAGAACUCAAGGAUGCCAUGAAGCAACAGAUUGACCAAAUGUCCCACGUCAUGUUUGGCGGAUUGACGCACAAACCAGCGGUCGAGCUGGGUAAGAAGCUCUUGCGCGUUAUUGACCAUCCUCGACUCCACUCGAUAUUCUUCGCCGACACAGGCUCCGUCGCUGUCGAAGUGGCAAUGAAGCUGGCCAUUCAGUACAACUACUGCAAAGGCUCGAAAAAGUCCAAGUUCCUCACCAUAAGGAAUGGCUAUCACGGUGACACUUUUGGCGCGAUGAGCGUCGGAGACCCAAGCAACCCGAUGCGCACGUUCUUCAAAGAGCACCUGCCACAAAACAUUUUCGUCAAGGCACCUACCCUCCUACACACGCUGCCAACGUCCAACAUAUGUCUCGAGAAUCCAGAACUUUUCAAAGAGUCCGCCAAAUGGCACCCCCAAGACUUUGCCGAGUUCCAAAAGGCAAUUGAUGAACAUCAUGACAGUAUAUGCGCUGUCAUCUUGGAGCCGCUUCUUCAAGGAGCCGGCGGCGUCAGACUCUAUCAUCCUCAAUUCUUGAUUGAGGCGAGAAAGGCCUGCAACAAAUAUGGGAUCCCUUUCAUCAUGGACGAGGUCGCCACCGGGUUUGGUCGUACCGGAGAGAUUUUUGCGUUCAAACACUGCCGCGAGUACCAAAGGCUCUCAAAUGUUCCACCGGAGGACCAAGUUGACGUCUUCCCAGACAUACUCUGCGUCGGAAAGGGUCUGACUGGAGGAUCCUUGAGCUUCAGCGCGGUCGUGACCACCGCCGAGAUUGCCGCCGGCGUUUCUAUGUCUGACGGUCCGACUCGGGGCUAUUUUAUGCAUGGGCCGACGUUCAUGGCGAAUCCAUUAGCGUGCAGCGUAGCAAGCAAAUCCCUCGAUAUCUUGCUGAGGGGAGAAUGGAAGAUCCAAGUCAUGGCGAUCGAGAAGCAAUUGUUUCAAGAGUUGUAUCUGGAUAUCACACGCGAUGAGCGUCUCAUGAAGAGCGUCGUCGACCAUGUAAGAGUUGCAGGGGCCGUCGGAGUCGUGCAACUCCAAGACCCGAUCAAUGUUCCUUGGUUUCAAGAGCAAUGUAUUCUGCGCAACGUUUAUCUCCGGCCUUUCAAAAACAUCUGCUAUGUCAUACCCCCAUUCACAAUAUCAAGAGAGGAGUUGAAGGUAGUGACAAAGGCCAUAAAAGAGGUACUCAACGUUUGCUUGGAAAAAAAGUAUCAAGCUUGA